AUGGCUCUCUUUCGGUUGGAAGAUCUGUUGGCGCCACGCGCAGAGGCCAUGCAAGCGCUCGAUCUGUCUACGGCCCGGCCUCGCACCAAACAGGAGUUUGAAAAACUCCUUGCUCACAUCCCCGAAUUCCGCAUUAAACCUGAAAAGGUACGGCCAGAAGAAAUUAUUAUUGGUGAGGAUUACUCCUUCACCUGUCGUAAAGAGACACAGAAAAGCAAAUCCCCUCACCGUCAAUAUGCUCGGACUGGAGGUGCGAGGGAUAAAUCACCCCAAAAGACAGGCCGAAUUGUGGCCGGGAUACAUCCGAUCAGCGUCAACUGUGGGCACUCUUACCCAGAUCCAAUACCUGUCGCCAUGCAGUCCGUCCGAAUUCUGGAUCUCGCUACCGUCGAAAUUAACUGGAAAAUGCUGACGGUGGCUCGACCCACUUCAAAGCAGGAUGACGAGUUUUUUACCAAGUUGGUCGAAUUGGAGAAAUUACGGUUGAAAACAAGACGAGAAGGAGGGAUUCGAACUAGGAGGAUUAGCGGGUUUGUCAGCGGCCUUUCCGUACGCCGAAUAAUCAGAACAAACCGUUCAGGAGUGACGGAGAUCCGGCUUCCGGCCUGCUUACAAUGCGGUUUCGAGCUAUGUGACUCGGUCCAUUGCGUCAAGUUUACGUAUGAAGAUUUUUUUCGGCAGCAAAAUGAUCUGGUUGACGAGGCCGACAAAAACAAGGAUGGGGUUGAACCUGUGGAUGAAGAGGAGGAGAAACGGCUCAAGGAGGAGAACAAGAAGCAAGUCAUCACUUCAAUGAAAGGGACGGCUAUGAAAAUGAAACAGGCCAAGAAGCAGCAACAGUCUAGCAAAAGACCGGCCGUUAAAACCUCUUGAAGUUACCUUAAAUUAAUAAAAUAUAUAAACUAACCUGAUGUUCGGAAUUAAAUGUAAAUCAAUGUGCUGUACAUUGACUUUCUGCUUUGGCCAUGAGUGCGUCUGUAAAUUUGCUAUUUUUCUUCAAAAUAAAUUACGCAUUCCGCCUUUAAAUGUUGA